AUGUCUGGCCGUCGUUCAACAUCAGAACGACUUGAACAAUUAAGAACAAGGGUCAUAAUAGAACGAGAUGGCACUUCGUCCAGCGAUUUUCCCUUCCACAAUUCAAGCCGAUACCCAGAUCUUGAUCCGAUCGCAGAGUUCAGAAAGAAGUUAAAGGUCAAAAUAAUCCGAAAGGCACAAUACGAUAUGGAAUUCGAUCUGAUCGGUGUUAACACAGCCAUAGCGAAUGCUUUAAGGCGUAUCAUGAUCUCAGAGGUACCAACGAUGGCAAUCGAAAAGGUGUACAUUUAUGAUAAUACAUCCAUUAUACAAGAUGAGGUGUUUGCACAUCGCCUGGGAUUGAUUCCGAUCAAAGCUGAUCCCGACAUGUUUUACUUCAAACAAGAAAACGAGGGACCAACGGACAUGAACACAAUAGUAUUUAAAAUAAGUCAUGAGUGUCACUAUAACGCGAAGGCACGCGACGACGAAACGAAUCCGAAAAAUCUAUAUGUCGGUCACAAUCUUCUGUCGGCAUCAUUAAUAUGGGAUCCAAAAGGUGAACAGGCCGAACGUUUUGCGGAUAACCCGAUACAAUCAGUUCAUGAUGAUAUUUUAAUCGCACAAAUGAGACCUGGACAGAGGGUGGAGCUAGAAGCGCAUUGUGAGAAAGGGAUUGGCAAGGAACAUGCAAAAUGGUCACCAGUUGCCACCGCAUCAUAUCGUUUGAUGCCCGAAAUAAUUUUGAAAGAAGAAAUUACUGGCGACUUGGCUGAUAAGUUUGCUGCCUGUUUUACCAAAGGUGUCGUUGAAGUCGUACAAGAGGAAGUGAAUGGUGAGAUGAUCAAAAAAGCAAAAGUGGUUAAUCCACGAAUCGACACGGUAAGCCGUGAAGUCUUGCGUCACAAAGAAUUUGAGGAUAAAGUUCAACUUACACGAAUACGAGACCAUUUCAUCUUCACGGUGGAAUCCACGGGUAUUUUGGAUUCUGAAAGGAUAUUCAUUGAUUCCAUACAUAUUAUUCAAUCAAAAUGCGCUCGACUUUUACUCGCGUUGGAGAAUAAAUUGAGACCUCCGGAUAAAGAUGAAAAUAUGAUGUCUGUGGAUACAUAA